UCUUCCACCCACCCCUCUCGAGUUUUUUUGUCUUCUUUCCACCUUGCUUCACGUGACCCUCCUCCUCCCUCCUCUACAUCAGAUUCAAUUCAUUUCGAGAUCUCAUUUCUAUCUUUUUCAUGACUUUUAAAACUACACUCUUUACACUCUCUCAUUCACCACAUUCCAAUUCCCAUUCCCAUUCCCAUCCAUGCCUCCACCAGACUCAACCACACUCUCAGCAGCCCUUGUCUUCCUCCUACUGACAAUCUUCUCAGUUUCCACAGCCACCCACUCAUGUUCUUCAAAACCAGAGGCCUCCUCCUCCACGUUUUCAUGUCCACCAUUCACUUCACCACCUCCCUUUCCUUUCUCUUCUUUACCUGGUUGUGGCCACCCUUCCUUUCAAAUCAAAUGCGCUGCUCCUCAUUCCACCAUCUCCAUCAAUAACUUCUCUUUCUCUCUCCUUCGCUACGAACCCAGCUCCGCCUCACUGGUUCUCUCCCCUCACAUCACCAACUCAACAAGCUCACUUACAAAAUCAGCCGACACGAACUGCUCGUUCCCUCACUUUCUCUCCAUCCCCGACCGCUCCAUCAACCUCUCUGCCUCGCCUUUCCGAAUCUCCGACGCUUCUUGUUCUCGGCUCUCCGUUCUCAAACCUUGCUCCCCUCCAACUCUUCCCAACUGCAGCCAUUGUCCUUGGGAAUGCAAGCUCAUCAAAAACCCACUCAAGCUUCUCCAUGACUGUGGAUCUCCACACCGCCCUGUUACAGCGCAGGGCUGCCAAGGCGAUGUCUUGGGCUUUCUCGACAAUUUCCUCAAAUGGGGGAUCGAGCUCGAGUGGGACGAAGCUCAAGACUCUUACUUUUCCAGCUGCAGAGAUUGUCAGGCCAACAAUGGCUUCUGUGGCUUCAAUUCCUCUGACCCAGAGAAGCAAUUCCUCUGCUUUCGCCCCAUACCUCACUUUUCACCACCAUGGAUUAGCAAAGACAGCCCCAAUCGAAUCGCCAUCUUGUCCUCUGUAUUCACAUUGGCUUGUUUCCUAAUCAUUGUCUCAGUCUUUAUAGCCAUUUUCAGGUCCAGAAGAUUAAGCUCCUCUGCCACAGAAGAAGACCCAACAACCCUGUUCCUCCAUCGCCACCUCUCAGCUAGUCUUCUCCCACCAGUCUUCACAUACGAAGAGCUCGAAUCCUCCACCAACCGGUUCGACCCGAAGCGCAAAAUCGGAGACGGCGGGUUCGGGUCAGUGUAUCUGGGUCAGCUCUACGAUGGGCGGGUCGUGGCGGUGAAGUAUCUCCACAAGCCCCACCAUGGCGCCGCCUCUGGUCGAGCCUUUUCCAACAAGUGCUUCUGCAACGAAAUCUUGAUACUCUCUUCGAUUGACCACCCAAACCUGGUCAAACUCCACGGCUAUUGCAGCGAUCCAAGAGGCCUUGUUCUGGUCUACGAUUACGUCCCUAAUGGAACUCUCGCCGACCACCUUCACGGCCCGAAGAGCUUGUACCGUAAAGGGUCUCUGACGUGGCAGGUGAGGGUCGACAUUGCUCUGCAAACGGCCAUGGUUAUGGAGUACUUGCAUUUCUCGGUGGUGCCUCCGGUGGUGCACAGAGACAUAACGUCGUCGAAUAUAUUCGUGGAGAAAGACAUGAGGAUCAAAGUUGGGGACUUUGGGCUGUCCAGGCUAUUAGUGUUCCCCGAAACGUCGUCGUCUACGUCCGGGUAUGUCUGGACCGGCCCGCAAGGGACGCCCGGGUACUUGGACCCGGAUUACCACCGGUCGUUCCGGUUGACGGACAAGAGUGACGUGUACAGCUUCGGGGUGGUGCUGCUGGAGCUGAUAUCCGGGUUGAGAGCGGUGGACCAGAGGAGGGACAAGAGGGAGCUGGCGUUGGCUGACUUGGUGGUGUCCAAGAUCCAGAUGGGUCUGCUCCACCAGGUCGUCGACCCGGUUUUGAUAGUCGACGGAAAGGUGAUCGACGGCAUUGAUGUGGCGGCGGAGCUGGCGUUCAGGUGCGUGGCGGCGGAUAAGGACGACCGUCCAGAUGCCAGGGAAGUAGUAGAGGAGCUGAAGCGUAUCAGGAGCCGUACACGUGGGAUGAGCCGGGCUUCGAGUUCGAAUUUGAUUGGUGAUGAGGUGGCGAAAGGCUGAUUUGAUUUGAUGGGCGGGUGUGCGUGUGUGGGGUCAGAUGCACAUGUGCGGGGGUUUGACUGACAAGCGAAAGUGAAAGGGAGAGAGAGUGUUUGUGUUGUGUCUCAUCUCAGCUCUCAGAAGAAGGUUUUUGUGUCGCAGAAAAAGACUGGACUAGAUAGAAUGUGAAUAGAUAGAUCUGUUUGGUUACUUUAAGAACUGUGUUUUUUUCGUUUUUUGUUUUCCCAGUUUCUGGCUUUUACUGUGUAUUAUAAAUUCCAAUAUUCAAAACCGAAUUUUGGCGUUUUGUUCA